GUCGCUAUAGUGGGUAUAGCUAAGAUGGAUGCAAAACUGAUUGCUCACGAAGAGUAUCCAGUCAACACCAUCAUCAUCCAUGAGGACUUUGAUAAUGUAACGAUGAAAAACAACAUAGCCCUGCUGAAGACAGACACGGCGAUAAAGUUCAACAGCCUGGUCCAACCCAUUUGCUUCCUCGGCAGAAAGCUGCAUAUGCCACCCACCUUGGAGAACUGCUGGGUGGCAGGAUGGAAUCCUACAUCUGCAACAGGAAAUCACAUGACGAUGAGUAUCCUGAGGAAAAUCUCCGUGAAUGACAUCGACCUGUGCCCCUUAAACAAAAUCCAGAAGACAGGAUGUGGCAAUCACAUAGAGCUGGAAACCGACUCCGUCUGCUUGGGGGACCCCGGAAACCCAAUGAUGUGCCAGCUGAAGGAACUGAGUCUGUGGGUGCUGAGAGGAAUCCUGUCCCAAGGUGGUGAGAAGUGCCCUGGCCUGUUCCUGUACAUGAAGGUGGAAGACUUUAGCGACUGGAUCACGUCCAAGACCAAGAGGACCAGCCCUCCCCUGUCUUCUUUCCACCACUGGGAGAACACAAUUCAUCUCUCCGGCUACUCAUCGAAUGCUGCCGUGACACAGCAAACACAGUCUGGGCUGAGCCAGGUUGGAUGGUCCCAAGCACACCUCCAAGGACAAAAUAGGGCCACCAUGCAUUCAGAGCCAACAAAUGGCACUCAAGCGAGUCUAGACUUUAGGGAAAAGGGUCUAAGGGAGUUAGGCAGGACUGAGGUGAACAUACAACCCAUGUACUAUGACUACUAUGGUGGGGAUGCUGGGGAGGGCCGGCCUCUAGCAGGUCAGAACAGGUUACAUCAGCCCCAAGCAAUUACCUUGUUUUUCUUUGUGCUUGUUUUCUUUUGUAAUUGGAUCUUAGUCUAGGAGUUAACCCUCCAAACUGAAGACUAAGCUCAGAACGCUGAGUGCCAGGCAUUCACCAUGUUGCUUUGGUGUCUCUCUUUGAGAGCUGCAUGGCUGGCUGCUACGGACAGGCCCACGGCACAGACUGGGCGGGCUCUCCCUCCUCUGUCCCACUCCUGCCUGCGGGAAGGUCACUUUCUUGUGUGCUUGUGAACUAAAUGUGGGCUAACAAGUGACAAACCAUUAGAGUGCCCUGUGGUUCUUUCAGUGUUAAUGGUUCCCAGGGCCAGGCUGUGAAAACCCUCCCCAGGGGCCGAAGUGGCCUGGGAGGUGACAGGCAGCCUGGCUGGAGAGUCGGGGACACUAGCCAGCACAGGGAACAGUGAGAGGGCCCCAUGACUAGAAAGGGGCUGAUUAC